AUGGCAAUCGAUGGCGAAGGGACUAUAAGUUUGGUGUGGCAAGAUAAGAAAAAGUCUUACCACUUGGAGGGUGGGGACGUGAUCAGAGUCCCUGCCGGAACUACUGUUUACUUCAUCAGCAGCGGACGUGAUGGACAAGUUCAGAUCGCCAAGCUAAUUCAGCCCGUUAAUAUUCCCGGCACAUUCAAGGAAUUUUACCCUGUCGGUACCGAAAACCCGGAAUCAUACUACACGGUAUUCAGCAGCGAAAUUCUAGAGAGUUCUUUGAAAACAUCAAGGGAUCAAAUAGAAAGGCUGUUUGGGCAACAGAGGCAGGGCGUAAUGAUAAGAGCCAGCGAAGAGCCACGGCAGGCACUGAGCGAACACCAUGGUUGGUUGAAAAAUAAAGGCCACGGCUUGAAAGGUCCAUUCAAUCUGCUGGACCGGGAGCCAAUCUAUUCCAAUGAGUUCGGCUUCCAAGCCUCACCUGACGAGUUCAAGCAACUUCACGACUUGGGCGUCUCUGGCUUAAUAAUGGUGCCGCACUAUAACUCAAAGUCGAUGACGGUGGUGCUUGUGGUAGGAGGAAAUGGAUGGUUCGAGAUGGCUUGCCCUCGUCUAGCCCAAGCACAGCAGAGGUGGGGCUCGGGUGGAGACAGAGAAGAAGAGGAGGAGGAGGAGGAGGAGCAAGAGACAGAGCAAGGAGGUAGUGCAAGAUACCAAAAGGUAACAUCCCAACUGUCACCUGGCGACGUUUUCGUCAUCCCGGCGGGUCACCCAAUCGCUAUCGUCGCGGAGCAGAACGAGGAUCUGAAAAUGGUUGGGUUCAGAAUCAAUGCUCAUAAGAACGAGCGAAUCUUCCUCGCAGGGAAAGAGAACAUAAUCAACCGGAUGGACAGAGAGGUCAAGGAGCUGUCCUUCGACCUCCCCGCGAGAGAAGUGGAUCGCGUUUUCAGGAACCAGGAAAAGUCCUACUCCGUGUCCUCGGAGCAGCAGCAACCUCAGCGUGAGCGGAGAGAUCGCCACAAAAUCGAAAAAAUCGAAGGGUCACAACGACUCCGACAGAGCAAGCGGAUGGACAAAAGUGACACUAAAGGGUCGGAAGGAUCGUCGUCAUCGUCUAUGGCGUCGAUACUGAACCUGGCCGGCCUUUCCUGA